GCGGCGGUGCCUGGACGGGACGGGCGUUGCAGCAACAGCAGCAGCCGGGAGCCGGAGCCACGUGCGCCCAGAGCCUCCGAGGACCAUGACGGCCAGCAAGGGCGCUUCCAACGGGGACAUCGGGCCGGAGGCGAGGGGGACGACGGUGGCGAUGGCCGGGCGGUCCAGCCGGCUCUCCCGCCUGCGGGGCUUCCUGCGGUCCAACCUGCUGGUGCUGCUGACGGUGUCGGGCGUGGUGGCCGGCGUGGCGCUGGGGCUGGCGGUGCGGCGUCCGGGCGGGCUGAGCGAGGCCGAGGUGCAGCUCUACUCCUUCCCGGGGGAGCUGCUGCUGCGGCUGCUGAAGAUGAUCAUCCUGCCGCUGGUGGUCUGCAGCCUGGUAGCCGGCGCCGCCAGCCUCGACCCGGCCGUGCUGGGCAAGCUGGGCGGCUGGGCCAUGCUCUUCUUCCUCCUGACCACCCUGAUGGCUUCCUCCCUGGGCGUCGGGCUGGCCUUCGCCAUCCAGCCUGGCGCCGGCGCCGCCGAUGCCAGCCUGGCCAAGUACGGCGACACGGGCGGGCUGCCCCCGCGGAAGGAGGUGGUCGACUCCUUCCUCGACCUGAUCAGGAACAUCUUCCCUUCCAACUUGGUGACCGCUACAUUCCGAUCGUACUCAACGGUUCAAAUAGAGGAGAAGAACACGAGUCUCGGCAGCAUGGCAGCCCUUGAGAAUGGAAACAACUCUCUGAACAAGACAGUCUCGAUGAAGACGGUGGGCGAGGAGGUGGAAGGCAUGAACAUCCUCGGCCUGGUGGUCUUUGCCAUCGUCUUCGGGGUCGCCCUGAGGAAGCUCGGGCCCGAAGGGGAGAUCCUGAUCAAGUUCUUCAACUCCUUCAACGAAGCCACCAUGAUCUUGGUUUCUUGGAUUAUGUGGUUUGCCCCCGUGGGUAUCAUGUCUCUGGUGGCCGGGAAGAUUAUGGAGAUGGAGGACGUGGUGCUUCUCUUCACCAGCCUGGGCAAAUACAUCUGCUGCUGCCUGGUGGGCCACGCCAUCCACGGACUGCUGAUUCUCCCAGUGAUCUACCUCGUCUUAACCCGCCGGAACCCCUACCGCUUCCUGUGGGGCAUCUUCACCCCCUUGGCCACCGCCUUCGGGACUUCCUCCAGCUCUGCCACGUUGCCCCUGAUGAUGAAGUCCGUGGAGGAGAACAACGGCGUCUCCAAACACAUCAGCCGCUUCAUCCUACCCAUCGGGGCCACCGUCAACAUGGAUGGGGCGGCCCUCUUCCAGUGCGUGGCCGCCGUCUUCAUCGCCCAGCUCAACAAUGUCUCGCUCAACUUCAUCCAGGUCAUCACCAUCCUCAUCACGGCGACAGCAUCCAGCGUGGGGGCCGCUGGGAUUCCCGCGGGGGGCGUCCUCACCCUGGCCAUCAUCCUGGAGGCCAUCAGCUUGCCCACCAAGGACAUCUCGCUCAUCCUGGCGGUGGAUUGGCUUGUAGACCGGACGUGCACCGUCCUGAACGUGGAGGGCGAUGCCUUCGGCGCGGGGCUCCUGCAGGUCUACUCGGAGAAGAAAUUGGGCCAUACGGUGAACGACGACCUGCUGGAGGUGAAGACGGAGGCCGUGGAGGCCAGCAAGGCAGAGGAGAUCGAGGAGGGGUCCCCGCUGAUUAAGCAGAACGGUCCAACCCAUUUGGGGGAUAACAAACCUUGCGAAAAAGAAUCCGUGAUGUGAUUGAACUCAUCAAAGUCCGGACGAUUUAGGUGGAGAUAUUCUUGUCCAAAAAGAAAGAAAAGAACUUUAAAACUUUUCUCCAAAAAAGGAACAUAGAACUUUAUUUUUUUUUUUCCAAAAAAAGAACUUUAAAAUUUUGUUCCGUCUUUCAAGGUCGGAAUUUCCCAGGUGACGAGAGAUUUCAUAACGGGAGAACUUCUCUAAACGAGAAAUUUGCUUUAAACACAGCCUGCCCUCCCCAUUCCCCCGGUUCUUCCUUCUUUGAACUUCCCGCAGUUUGUACAUUUGGAAGCUUCAACGCCAACAAACGCUGUGGGAUCAUCACUCCAUUCAUCCCAAAUUUUUCUCCCUAGUUCUGGUGGCGGUUGUUGAAAAUCAGCCGCGAGGGAAUAUCCGCUGUGCAAAUCCAGACAUUUCUCUUCGGCGACAUUCAGUUAAAAGAAAAAAAACUCAGCGAGUGAAUCGACCUAUCCAGAUCGCUCAAUCCUCCUUUUGUUUGUUUUCUCUUUCAAUUUUCUCUGCAUUUAUUUUUUAUAUUUUGGACCAAGCCAGGAGAAAAAGUCUUCAGUCUUAUCCUAUUUUCCCCCCUCUUAUUUGUUUUCCUUCCAUUUCCUUUACUUGACGUUCUCUGGCCAGUCGAGCCAGGAGGACGAGAAAUGAACUGGGUUCAUUCUUAACUCUGUUGGUGGGUCGUAUUUUUUUUUUCCAAAUCCAAAAGACUUGAAUAUUGUUUGCAAGGCCACCGAAAAGCCCUUGCUAAAUGCAGAAACUGGAGGGGGAAGAGAUUUCUAAUGCAAAUUUAACCGAAAUUCUUAUUUCCGUCUUGUAACACUCCGUAUGCUGACACUUGGACCUCCGGAUGAAUUUUUCCCUGCCUUUCGACGUGGCGAAGUUUGUUUCACCGUCUUCCCCUCGACCCGUAUUUUUUAUUUUAAUUUCUGUGGAUGAUUGUCCUUUUGUUUUAGGAACGGCUGAUUUGCGAUGUAAUUUAUUUCCGAAAGACGGGGGUGGGUGGGGAGAACUGCUCGUAUUUGGUUUCACGGCAGAAAUACGGGAAAAGAAUUUGUUCUGAAAUCUUCAUGGAUCUCCCGAAGGGUCUCUCCUCUCGUGAUUCUUUUUAAAUCUAUAUUCCAGGGUUUGUUUUUUUUUGUGCCAAACAAGUUGAGAAACACUGCUCUAAAGGGUUAGCAGCUGGCAGCCUUGUGGCUCCGUUCUGCCCAAGUUUUGAGGCCAGCUUUUAAACAUAUAGAUAUAGCAAGAUAGGAAUUGGGGGUGGGGAAUAGCAGCCAAAUUUUUCAAAUUCAGUAGAAUGGAGUUUGCUAUUCCUCCAGUAGAUGUGUUUAUGGGGCAGGUAAUCCUUGAUUUAUGACCAUGAUUGAGCCCCAGAUUUCCGUUACUAAGUGAGACAGCGGUCAAAUGGAUUUCGCCCCAGGUUUCACACCCUCCCUUGCCAUAAGUUGAUAAGUCAGUCACCCGGUUGUUAAGUGAAUCUGGCUUCCCCGUUGACUUCGCUUGCCAGCCGGUCGCAAAAGGGCAAUCACGUGACCCCGGGACACUGCAACGGUCGUAAAUAUGAGUCGGUUGCCAAGGGUCUGAAUUUUUUUCCCCCGCGGCAAUGCGGACGCUGCAAUGGCCGUAAGUGGAAAAAUCAAUCUGGGUUUCUCUCGAUGCCAUUGUACCUUUGAAUAGUCAUUGAAUGGAAGGUGGUAAUUUGAGGGUCGCCUGUGGUGUGUUUGCGGAGGAAAACGGGCAUCGCCUGGCAUCCUUGGUGCGCAGAGCCUCGGAGCUAGGCAAUGUAGAAAGCCGUGUAAAUAAAUAACGAGAGCUAAUCUUUUGCGUGUGUGUGACAGCUGCCUCCGGGUGAUGCGAUCUGAGCAUUGGAAGGGCACUCGAAGGGCAAAUGGCCCAUUCUCCCAGGCCGUGGCGCGUUGUGCACGCCAAGUUCUCUGAAAUUUUUGGGCGAUCAGUCUGGGUUGGGGCUGUGCUGCAGGAAGACCAGGUGAAAACAGAGGGGCUGCUAUGUCAGCCCCCCCUCGGUAGGUGGUCCAGCUUGGUGAGAAUUUGGGAGAAUUCGGGAUCUAGUUUUGUGAGCCCCCGUGGGAUCUGUGACUUCCUUCGAUGUUUUGUGUGUGAACACGAGUCCUGGUUUUGUACCUGGACAAACCCAGGGCGAUGUUUCUCCCCCCUCCCUGCGCCCUUCCCCAGGAUGAGUGGACACUCCAUGUGCAACAGACCAAGAGUCAAACUGGUCAAACUGGUUUCUUUUUUUUUUACUGGCCAACGAAUAAUGCAUUUGCACACGGCACUUGGCUGGGCUUUAACGAAACAAUUGCUUUGAAGAGGGGUGUCAGCUGCCCCACUGCACAGAAUAAAAGCUGUAUUUGGGAUUUUA